AUUGAAUCAGUCGUUGGAAAAUAGUUUCCACACAAUUUGCUCCAUGACUUUUCGAGUCAACAUAAAAAUCAAGGUCCCGACUUGCAUUGAAUGUUGUGAAAACUAAGCUUUACUUCCAUUUGCCAGUGUUGGUCAGAGCCAUAAGAACAUUUCAUUGGGUUCUUCCCACACUGCACAAGCAGGUGAUUCCACUUGGGCUGUAUCACCAUCUGGUAACUUUGCAGUUGGUUUCCAACAGAUUGAGGAGAAUGGGUUCUUGCUAUCCAUUUGGUUCAACCAAAUACCGCAAAGGACCAUUGUUUGGUCAGCCAAUGGAGGAAACCUUGCACCUCAGAUGGAUUUUUCUUGCUGAAUGAUCCCACCGGCAACCGAAUAUGAUCUGCUGGAUCCUCCGGCAGUGGAACAUCCCAUGCUGCCAUGGUUGAUACCGGCAAUUUCGUGUUGGCGAGUCAAAGCACCGAGUACUUAUGGCAAAGUUUUGAUCAUCCCACUGACACAAUCUUACCAGGACAAGUUCUAAAUCAACCAAGUACUCUUGUUUCUAGAUAUUUGGAAACAAAUUACUCAAGUGGAAGAUUUAAGUUUAUAUUAAAAGAUGAUGGGAACCUUGCACUUUAUACUACACAGUAUCCGUGGAGCUCUUCAAAUUUUAAUUAUUGGAAUACAAAUACUUCUGGCAGUGACUUCUCAUUAGUCUUCAAUCAAUCUGGGGUUCUUUUCCUUCGGGCAAACAACGGAAGCAUAAUCAGCAUGAUAUCAUCAAAUACUCCUUCCACCCAAGAUUUCUACCAGAGAGCAGUGCUUGAAUAUGAUGGAGUUUUCAGGCAUUAUGCCUACCCGAAGAGCAGUAACUCCAAUACAAGAAGCUGGAAGAUGGCAUGGUCAACUGUUUAUUACUUACCGCCAAAUAUCUGCUUGGAUAUUACGGAAGAUUAUGGCAGUGGAGCUUGUGGAUUCAACAGUUAUUGCACUUUUGAUGAUGGGAAAAAGAGUUGCCAUUGUCCAUCUGGAUAUAGCUUCAUUGAUCCAGCGGAUGUGAUGAAAGGAUGCAGACCGGACUUUGAUUCACAAAGUUGUGAUGGAUCUUCCCCAGAAACAGAUCUUUUUGAUUUCUAUGAGAUGGAAAAUACAGACUGGCCUCUGACAGAUUAUGAAUAUUUUGAGCAAGCGAAUGAGGACUGGUGCAGACAGGAUUGCUUGAGUGAUUGUUUCUGCGCUCUUGCCAUUUUUAGAGGUGCUGGGUGUUGGAAAAAGAAGUUACCCUUCUCCAAUGGAAGGAAAGAUCCCAGUUUUCAAGCAAAAGCUCUGUUAAAGAUAAGAAAAGAUAAUUCUACCUUCAAAUGUGAGGGUCCAGUUAGAAAGAAAGAUAAAUCUAAGCUGAUUAUAGUUAUCUCCGUGCUUCUAAGCAGUUCAGUGUUAAUGAACUUGCUCCUAUUAGUGGCGGGUUUUUCAGUUGUAUACUGGUGGAGAUCUAAGAGUUCUAAGGCAAAUCAACCUAGCCAAUCCAUUGUAGGCACUUGUCUUAGAAGUUUCACUUUUGAAGAGUUGAGGAAGGCAACGAAUGGGUUCGAGGAGGUGCUUGGUCAAGGGGCAUUUUCAACUGUCUACAAAGGAGUUUCAUUUGAUCCUACCCGGAGCCACAUUGCAGUUAAGAAGCUAAACAACAUGGUCAAAGAAAAUGAAGAAGAGUUCAAAACAGAGGUAAGUACAUUUGGUAGGACAAAUCAUAGGAAUUUGAUCCAACUCUUGGGAUUUUGCAAUGAGGGAGACCACAGAAUGCUUGUAUAUGAGUUCAUGAGCAAAGGUUCUUUGGCAAGCUUCCUUUUUGACACCACCGAAAGGCCUAGUUGGUUUCAGAGAAUGCAGAUAGCAUUGGAGACAGCUAGGGGAAUCUUGUAUUUGCAUGAAGAGUGUAGCACUCAGAUCAUACACUGUGACAUUAAACCUCAAAAUGUUUUGCUUGAUGAAUCUUUCACUGCUAAGAUAUCUGACUUUGGCUUAGCCAAACUUUUGAAAAUUGGUCAAUCUAGAACCAGUACAAGGAUAAGGGGAACCAAAGGGUAUGUUGCCCCUGAGUGGCUUAGAAACAUGCCAAUUACCAUCAAGGUUGAUGUCUACAGUUAUGGAGUGCUAUUACUAGAGAUCAUUUGUUGCAGGAGGAGCUUUGAAGCAAAUGCUGAGAAUGAGAACCAGAUGGUGCUGACAGAUUGGGCCUAUGAUUGCUUUCAUGAAAGGAAACUUGAUUUAUUGGUGAAAGAUGACAAAGAGGCCUUAGCUGACAUGAAGAUGGUGGAAAAGUAUGUGAUGCUUUCUUUAUGGUGCAUUCAGGAGGAUCCAUUACUGAGGCCAUCCAUGAAGAAAAUCUUGCAGAUGCUUGAAGGGUCUAUAGAUGUACCAGCCCCUCCUGAUUUACCUUCAUUGAUAACUACCAUCAGUCUGUAGCUUAAUGCAUUUGUCUAAUAGCCUAAUACUGUUUCAUUUUCUUUUGUUGUGUUGUCACUCUUUCAAAUAAAAGUUCUUGCGUC